CAGCUGCCUCUUCCUUACCUAUCUACUCAUCGGAUCAACCUGGAAAAUAGAAACAAUGGCUGAUCGCUCACUUUACAAGAUCACCCUUUUUGCCUUCUCCCUUCCUCUCUUCCUCUGUUCUUCUCUGGCUCAUGAGUUUUCAAUUGUUGGUUAUUCACCAGAGGACUUGACUUCCAUUGAUAGACUCAUUGUUCUCUUUGAAUCGUGGAUGUUAAAACACAGCAAAGCUUACAAGAGUGUGGAGGAGAAGCUGCACAGGUUUGAGGUGUUCAAGGAUAACUUGGAGCAUAUUGAUGAGAGGAAUAGGAAGGUGAGCAGCUACUGGCUGGGGCUGAACGUGUUUGCAGACUUGAGCCAUGAGGAAUUCAAAACUGCAUACUUGGGGUUCAAAGUAGCCAGUGAUGCCACUGCCAGGAAGAGAUCAUUCGAGGACUUCACUUACAGAGAUGUUGUGGAUUUACCCAAGGCUGUGGAUUGGAGAAGCAAGGGAGCUGUUACUCCUGUCAAGAAUCAAGGUUCAUGCGGGAGUUGUUGGGCAUUUUCAACGGUUGCAGCAGUGGAGGGCAUAAACCAGAUUGUGACUGGAAAUCUGACAUCCUUGUCGGAGCAAGAGCUGAUUGACUGUGACACAACUUUCAACAGUGGCUGCCAUGGAGGCCGCAUGGACUAUGCUUUUAGGUUCAUUGCAGCCAGUGGAGGACUCCACAGAGAGGAGGACUACCCUUAUCUCAUGGAGGAAGGCAUUUGUGAGGAGAAGGGAGAGAAAGUAGUCACCAUUAGUGGUUACAGAGAUGUACCAGAGAACGAUGAAGUGAGUCUUUUGAAGGCACUAGCACACCAACCUAUCAGCGUUGCCAUUGAGGCUUCCGGAAGAGACUUCCAAUUUUACAGUGCGGGAGUGUUCAACGGGCAUUGUGGUACCGAGUUGGAUCAUGGGGUGGCAGCCGUGGGUUAUGGGUCAUCAAAGGGAUCCGAUUACAUCAUUGUAAAGAACUCGUGGGGGCAAAAAUGGGGAGAAAAGGGGUACAUCAGGAUGAAGAGGAGCACAGGCAAACCAGAAGGGAUGUGUGGCAUAUACAAAAUGGCUUCAUACCCUACCAAAAAGAAGUGACCUGCAAGCCAUGCGGGUUCAUUUCCUUGCCAUAUUUAAACUUCAAAAUUUUAAUUUCCUUUUUUGUUUUGUUUUGUUUUUUGUUUUUUUUUUUUCAGCUUUCUUCUUGUUCCAUCCUAUUAAUGAGGGUUAAAUGUUGAACCAAGUUAUGUUCAUCAAUAAAAUACCAAAAGAAGUUCACAA